GAGACAGGCUUUUAUAUCCUUGUGUGGUUGAGCUCUUGCUUCAAUAGUGGUUGUGUAGAGUAUCUUUCUGUGAGUAUUUUACACCUUAGAGGUAGGGAAAUGGAGUCCCAGGUGUGUCAGAACUUCCAUGCUGACUGUGAGGCUGCUGUGAACCGCAUGGUGAAUAUGGAGCUGUAUGCCAGCUAUGUCUACCUAUCUAUGUCCUACUACUUUGACCGUGAUGAUGUAGCCCUGAGGCACAUGGCCCAGUUCCUGAAGGAGCAGUCCCAUGAGGAGAGGGAGCAUGCAGAGAAGUUCCUGACCUACCAGAACAAGCGAGGGGGACAAGUUAUCUUUCAGGAUAUCAAGAAACCAGAGCGGGAUGAGUGGGGAAACAGCCUGGAGGCCCUGCAAUGUGCCCUGCAGCUGGAGAAGACUGUGAACCAGGCGCUACUGGACCUGCACAAGCUGGCUACUGAGAAGAGUGACCCCCAUCUCUGUGACUUCCUGGAGUCUGAGUACCUGGAGGAGCAGGUGAAGGCCAUCAAGCAGCUGGGAGACCAUGUCACCAACCUGAAGCGCCUGGGAGUGCCCCAGAAUGGCAUGGGAGAGUACCUGUUUGACAAGCACACCCUGGGGGAGAGCAGCUGAAUGCAGUGCAGGUUCUUGUGUUUAGAAGGAAUAUGUAUUACCUGAGCUCAAAAUAAAGAGGAAUACAAGCUG